AUACACGCUUGCUUUCCUAAAUCAAAAUCAUAAUGCUCUCGGAUUCCAAUCCCAUUUCUGCACUAGAAAUCCCUCAGCUUCUUUGAAUUACAGGAUUUGAGAUAUGAUCCUCUCAGCGUUAUUAACCUCGGUGGGAAUCAAUCUGGGUCUGUGUUUGCUUUUCUUCACUCUCUACUCUAUUCUGAAGAAGCAGCCCAUUAACGCCAAGGUCUACGCGCCGCGCUUCGUCGCUGCGAAGGAGAAAGAGAAAGAGUCACCAUCAGAAACAGAAGCAAAUGGGUUCAAUUUCGAGAGAUUGUUGCCCACUGCUGGCUGGGUGAGACGGGCAUGGCAGCCUUCUGAAGAUCAGUUCUUAUCUGCCACCAGCUUGGAUGCUGUGGUUUUCAUGCGCAUCUUCGUGUUCAGUUUGAGGGUGUUUGGGUUUGCUGCGGUUAUUGGGGUGUUUGUUCUUCUGCCGAUAAAUUUCCUGGGGACCCAGCUGGAGGUGGACUUUUCGGAUUUGACCAACAAGUCUUUGGACUCGUUUAGUAUUUCGAACGUUGAUGAUGGCUCAAACUGGUUAUGGGUUCAUUUCUGUGCAGCAUAUAUUUUCAGUGCAUUUGUCUGCUAUCUUCUUUACAAUGAGUACAGCUAUAUCUCAUCAAGAAGAAUUGCUCACUUCUAUUCAUCCAAACCUCAGCCUAAUCAGUUCACAGUAUUGGUCCGUGGUAUUCCUGUCCCGUCUGGGAGCAGCAGCAGUGAAAUCAUUGAAAACUUUUUUACAGAAUAUUACUCUUCUACUUACCUUUCACACACGAUGGUUCGUCGAACAAGCAAACUCCAACGUCUAACUAAAGAUGCAGAUAAGGUAUACAGAACGCUUGCCCGUAUCAAGUCAGAAAAGGAUCCACAGCAAAGAUUCAAGCGUGAUGGGCUUUUUGGACGGAAAGUUGAUGCUUUGGAUCACUAUGGAAAGAAAUUGGAUGAUUUAGAAGAUACUGUUAGAUUAGAGCAAUCAUCAUUGGCAGGAAAGGAAGUUUCAGCCGCUUUUGUGUCAUUCAAGUCCCGACUUGCUGCUGCAGUAGCUUUACACAUUCAACAAGGAACAAAUCCCACAGAGUGGGUCACAGAGAGCGCUCCUGAGCCCCAGGAUGUUCAUUGGCCCUUCUUUUCUUCAUCUUUUAUAAAAAGAUGGAUCUGCAAGCUGGUGGUGCUGGUUGCAUAUGCUGCUGUUACAAUUCUAUAUCUCAUUCCAGUUGUAAUCGUGCAAGGCCUCGCUAAUCUUUCAACUUUAGAAACCUGGUUUCCUUUUCUCACAAGCAUACUGACUUUAACAGUUGUCAGUGAAGUCAUAACUGGAUAUCUUCCAAGUCUUAUUCUUCAGUUGUUCCUUAAACUUGUUCCACCCAUCAUGAUAGUGCUGUCAUCUAUGGAAGGGUACAUCUCCUUCAGUCAAAUACAAAAAGGUGCAUGCAUGAAGAUGUUGUUGUUUACUAUAUGGAAUAUUUUCUUUGCAAAUGUACUAUCAGGAACAGCUCUCUAUCGAUUCGAUAUCCUUCUUGAGCCCAAAAAGAUUCCCGGGCUACUUGCUGAUGCUGUUCCGGCACAGGCAUCAUUCUUCAUUUCAUAUGUUGUGACAUCUGGAUGGACCAGUGUAUCAUCCGAACUCUUCCGCAUGAUUCCCUUGAUUUUCAGUAUUAUAAAAAGACUAUUUUCUGGAAAAGAUGGUGAUGAAUUUGAGGUUCCUUCAAUUAAAUACCACAGCGAAAUUCCUAGAAUUCUAUUUUUUGGAGUCCUUGGAAUAACAUACUUCUUGCUGGCUCCAUUAAUUCUACCUUUCCUUCUGGUUUACUGCUGUAUGGGAUACCUAAUCUACCGCAACCAGCUAUUGAAUGUAUAUGCACCCAAGUAUGACACUGGUGGAAAAUUUUGGCCUAUAGUGCACGGUUCAACAAUAUUUUCCUUGGUACUUAUGCACAUCAUUGCGAUUGGAAUGUUUGGGAUUAAAGAUCUUGCCUUAGCUUCUAGUUUGAUGGUUCCUCUUCCAAUUCUCACUCUUCUUUUCAAUGAGUACUGCCGCAAACGAUUUUUACCGAUAUUCGAAUCAUAUCCUGUUGAGUGUUUGGUAAAGAAAGAUAAAGAAGACCAGAGUGAUCCUUCAAUGGAUGCAUUUUAUGAUAAAUUAAGCACUGCAUAUGAGGAUCCAGCUUUGAUACCAAGACGUCAAAGAAGCACAGAUGGCCACAACUCUCCACUUCUUCCCGCUGAAGUCUGAAGUAAGCAAUCUGUCUUGUUUCGCCAUACUGACAGCAGAAAACCAAUAAAUUAUUCCCUGUGUCUCUGUGUUCUUGUAAAAUAAGUAUAUGAUCUGUAAUCUGUGUGUUAGGCUUGUUUUCCAGUGACCAUAUGUCUUUGAUUUAUUCAUUCUUGCUGUUGUAUUAUAGACACAAUUUUUAUAAACAUGUAUAGAAUACUAUUAGAAUCU